UACCCUUUUUUCCUAAAUAGGUGGUGCCAUGAAGCUGGUGAUAAAUUCUUUGCCAUCUCUUUGCGACAAAGCAGCUUCCAUGAAGCCAGAUCAGGGUUCGGUGACCAUUGAGGAGGUGUCUGUUCAUUUCACUGAGGAGGAGUGGGCUCUGCUGGAUCCAGACCAAAGAAUCCUUCACAAGGAAGUCAUGGAGGACAAUCGUCAGGAUGUGGCCUCUCUGGAGGCUGAUGGUCCCCAGAAUAAGUCCAAGGGAGAACCGCAGCAGUCCCCAUGGAAAGAAAAAUGGCAGAGAAGAAACACUGGAACAAAAUGGAAGAGGGGUAAUGAAUCCUCUUCUUCUCAGGGUGGGGAAACCCAGGUAUUUGAUACGCCCAGGGCAAUCCACACAGGAGAGAAACCAUAUAAGUGCUUGGACUGUGGAAGGAACUUUGCUCGCAGUUUCAACUUUAUUUCCCAUCGAUGUAUCCCCACUGGGGAGAAACUUUAUAGGUGUUUUGAGUGUGGAAAGAACUUUGGUCGGAGUUACAACCUUACUAUCCAUCAACGAGGAGAAGUAAGUGCUCUGGGUGUGGAAACACACUUGCAGCAGAAGACUUAUUGCCCCUCAAAGAUUUAA